GUCUAAUAUAAAUUAAUUAAUGGCACGCAAAAGGGCUGACCCAGAUCGUUUCCAAGAAUACGAAGAAUUCAAAGAUCAUUCUGGUUUUACUAUAUAAGAGGACGGAGAUUAUAUAGAUUUCUAUUAUGACUAAUAUAAGGGUUGGUUUGAUGAGUAUGGUAAUUACUACAAUUCAAAUGGUGAACCAAGUCAACCAAAUUAGAAUAGCUUGAGAUUUUGGGAUUCCAUCAAAUAUAAAUGUAAUUAUAUUAUUAAGAGUUAUAGAUUAACAAGAUGAUAUAGAUAAUUUAUUAAAUCAAUAUGAAGAUGGGUCUGAUAGUGAAUAAGAUAUUGAAGAUGUUUAUGAAAGGUUUUUAAUAAGAUUUAUUAUAGAGAGUACCUUAUUAAAGCACAUAUGGAUAAACUUAUUAAGAGAUUAAGACAUUAUGGAGAUUAGGAAGAAAUUAAAAUUAGAUUUAGUCAUAAUAAAUGGAGUACUAAAGAUAAAGAAAUAAUCUAAUUAAUUGGUAAAUAAAAUGUAAAAUCUGUUGAAUUUGAUUAUAAAUUGGACACUAAAUUUAAAACUGGAACAGGAAUUAUAAUAGCCUUUAACAAAAAUUGUGCUUAACAAAUUAUUCAAUAUCAUGAUAAUGAAAUUAAUGGUUAUCCAAUCUUAUUUGAUAUUGAUGCAUUAGAUAACAAUGAUUCAGAUGAUGAAGUUGUUGGAGUUCAAACAGAAGAUCCAUUACUAUCAUAACCAUAAUAAUAGUAAUAAUAAUAACAACAACAAUAAUAAUAAUAGUAAUAAUAAUAACAAUAACAAUAAUAAGAAUAAUAAUAACAAUAAUAAUAACAAUAAUAAUAACAAUAAUAAUAAUAAUAAUAAUAAUAAUAAUAACAAAAAGAAGUUUGGGUAUAAGAAUUCUUAAUAGUUGAAGGAUUUCCAGAAAAAGAAACAGCUGAUAACAUUAAAUAAUGGUUGAGUAAAAAUAUAUUUAAUAAUUAAAAAAUUCACCAAGAUAAGAUAGAAAUAAAAACUAAAGAAAAGAAAGAAAAGGAAAAAGUUGUUGACAAAUAUUAGGCUGUGAAAUUGGAUUUAGGAUCAAGAGAAAAAAUAGAAGAGGCUAAAAUUUAAAUUGAUAAAUGUAAUAUGUAUCAAGGAAAGAGAAAGAUUUCCUAUUUCAUAUAUAAACCUCAAAAAUGAAAUUAUGAUUUAUUUAGUUUCUAUUAUAAUAA